GUCUUUGUGGGGGCAACAGGCAAGUUCAGAUAUCUGGUGCUGCUCUCCUGCUGGGUCAAGCACUUGAUCGACGUUUUCUAAAAAAUAAGAGAGAUAUCAUAAGAACCUCCAAAACAGUUACAUUCCCUCUUCCACAGAACAAUAUCUUUUUCCAUUGCUAAUCAAAUACAUAUUGGUUUUUCAAAAUAAAGUAAAAUGUGAAAAGAUAAUUACCAAAUUAAGUUCUAUUUGGUCACAUAUGGUAUAGAAUUCUUCCAAAUUCUUAUCAAACCUAGGUAUUUGCAUUUCCAUUCCUUUCCUAAAAUUCAAAAUUAUGCGUAUCGUCAGUCGUUCCUAAAAUAUUGUAGGACGCCUUUAUGGCCUCCUUGAUUGUCACAGUUUUUCCUGUUCAGUGUCAGCGUUCUAUUUUGAGGUUAUGUUACAAAUAUCUGUUAGCAUGAAACUGUUCAUGCUGUUGAUUUUUAUCAUCUGUUUUAUCAGCCCUAUUUUUUUACGAUUCAAAAAGAAAACAUAACCUCACAAUAUGAGAACGCUGACGGUGACACGGGACUAACAGUAGAAAUCUUGACAUACCCCAGCCUUUCUGAAGGAGAGAAAAAGCUAUGAAAAUCAAGGAGGCCAUAAAGUUGUCCUACAUUUGUAGGAGCGACUGACCCCUAAAAAAUAGUAAUUUAAUACAUCAAUACAAUCAAUAAAAAAAAUAUGAAAUAUUUUGACAAAGUGACUUACUGUGAUCCAAUGUCAAUUUGGCUAUUCUGAUUCAGUGUUUGUGCUGCUGUCUUGAUAGUAUUCUGGAAUAAAAACACGAGAAUUUCAUCAUGUUAAUUUUAUAUAUGCGUUUCUAAAAAAUCCUUUUAUUAUCAGCAUUCAUUUACUUUUCUAAGAAAUACCCACAAAAAACAGUUGUGCAGCUUAGACAAUUUUUUGUGCUUGAAGCAUUAUCAUUUGUGGGUUAACAAUAUUUUCAUUGUUUUUUCUUUAAUAUCUAAUAGCCUUGCUUGGUAUAUUUUUUCACUGUGACACUGAAUAGAAUACAGCUACAAUUGAAACCAUAUUUUGGCAUUUCAUUUUUUAAACAUUUGUUUUGAUUUACCUUUCAAUCAUUCCUAUUACAAAAAAGCACACUGGUAAGACAUUCAAUAAUUAAUACUCAAUUUCUUAUUACCUACAUUUUUCGUGAAGGUGGGCAACACAGCCACCAAGCUACUCAUACAACUGGGGUUGUAGUGGGAGUAAUUCAGAUGUAUGAUGGACUAAACCAAAACUAAGUUAACAUUAUGAUUGAAAGUUUACUUUGCAAAAACUAGAAAUACCUCUUAUAUAGGUUACUUUUCGACUUUUGCUAUAAUUUGUUUUUUUUUAUUUUUGUUGCCUUUUAGUGUUCAUAUGAAAGACAGAAGAGCAGAUAAAAAAUACAAAAAGGCUAAACUUAAUGUGGUUUCAGUUUAAACUGAUAUGGUACCUGCUCCAUGGAAUUACCAUAUUUUUUAUAAAAUUGUAUUGCUUACUCUGGCAAAUAUAUGCUACAACUGUAGGCAUUUAUUUGAUAAGGAGGACAUAUCAGGAAGGUUUUGAAAAGGCAUAUAAGCUCAACCUUUGCAAAUAAUAAUAGUAAUAGUGUUUAUUUGCAGAGUAAAAUGAAUAGAAAGAGACAAAAAUUUAAAAAUGAAGAAACAACAUCAAUUUCCUGCAAAAAGGACUAGUAAACAGACAAGCUGAUGAAAGUAUUAAAACUACUAGCCCAACAAACAAAAUAACAACAGAGGAGCUCUUCACCAAACUAUAUAAGUUAAUAAUAAAGAUAAUAAUUACAAGGGUCAAAAAAAGACGUGCAACUCCUUUAUUUGCACAAGUUGUGUCUCUUGUAAACAGACUGAGUACCAUGCAAAAACAGUGUACUCAGUACUUCUAAAUACAUAUUAGGUUUUCUGAGUGUUUCACUUGUGCACUGUGAUACUGACAUAUUUUUCAGACAAUAAUAAGGUAAAAACCUUUCAAAGGGGAAAAGGCAUCUACCCAGUCCAACAUAGUAAAAUGUAGUAGUAUUUACCAAGGAAUGUGAUAUUCAUUCAUUAUGUAGCUAGGACUUCAGUAAGUAUUUAUGUUUAAGGAAAUGUGGAGAUCCACUGACUGAAUGAUCAGUAAAUACGAGUACUUUAAUACCAGUGAAUAAAUGAAUCCUUUCUACCACAAAAUCUGCUAGACAGUGCUCUAGACAUAAAACAACCUUUUGAGACACUGGUAAACAUUUCGAUUUCCUACAUGUACUAAAAUAAUGAAAUUUAGCUGCAUACUGCCACUCAGUAAAACAAAUUGUGGGUAAAUAAAGAUCUUGCUUACCGAUAACGAUUCUCUCAAUGGACCAACCAGUGAUUUGACUUUAGAAAUAUUGUCUAAAGGUGACUGCUGUUGUUGUUGCUGCUGCUGCUGCUGUUGUUGUUGCUGCUGUUGUUGUUGUUGUUGUGCCUGCUGCUGCAUUUGUUGUUGCUGCAAUUGCUGUUGUUGGAGCUGUUGGGGAUUCGGCUGUUGCUGUGCAUGCAUCAUGUUUAUAUUCAUAUUGUUCAUCAUUUUGAUCAGAUAGCGGAAAACCUCUUCUAAUUACAAAAAAGUGUGCAAUUUAUUUGUCCUUGUUUAUAGUUCACCGAACCUAACCUCACUCCACUGAUGUCCACAGUCGCUCUCUUCCACCUCUCUUCGUCUCUUCUCGUAUCAAUCUGUCACGCUGGUUGCAUAUACGUGGACGUCGCCUAUUUUGUCAAUACUUCAUUGGUGUGUUGAUGUCGUGUUGAUGUUCCAUUGUUUUUGAGGUGUUUUGGAUUUUGGAGGAAAUGAGAGGAAGUGUUUGUAAACAGUCAUGUAAAACCCAUUUAUGAAACCAGAUUUGUAUGAUUCUUAUUGCCACUCUUGCCUAGUAGGUAUGUUACAAACACAAACAGCUUUGAAUAUGAAUUAAUGGAACUAGACAAUCUGAAGGCCUUUUUCAAUUUUUUACAAUGAAUAACUAUGUCCAAAGAGUAAGCUUAACAGCAUGGAGAAAAAAGACGAGUGUUCUUGUUCUCACGUGCAUCUUGAUUCUACUUAUAUUUGCCCUACAAUAUUCACGGAUAGAUGAGAACACUUACUUUAUCGAGGAAGAAAGAGAUGCGCAGGUUAUUGCAGAUGCUUUAAUGAAGAGCAUAAAGAAUGUAAAAUUUGUUGAGAAAGACCAAUCAGAUGUAAGACAGGAUAACUCUAUGAUGAAACGAAGAGAAUCUAGCUUGGCUGAGCAGUUUGCUGAUAUUGAGAAUGAGCAGCAGUUGGGGGUUCCAUUUGUUAAUUUGGACUCUCAGAAACCUUAUAUACCAGAGAGGAGGAUUGUGCACUUGGACUUCAAAGGAGCUCCAGUACAGAUACCGUACUUGAAAAGGCUUAUUCCUUUAUUCAAAGUCAUGGGAGCUACUGGACUACUCUUAGAGUAUGAAGAUAUGUUUCCAUACCAAGAUACUCUUAAAAACCUAUCAGCUAACAAUGCAUUUACUGUGGAACAGGUGAAAGAGAUAUUGUCAAUGGCAGAAAAUGCAAAACUAGAGGUCAUACCGUUAAUACAGACCUUUGGACAUGUGGAAUUUGCCCUGAAACAUUUAGAAUUUGCAAAUCUCAGGGAAGUGCCUGGUAGUCCACAAGCAUUGUGUCCUAGCAGAAGCAGCUCAAUGAAUUUCAUACAAGAAAUUGUUAAUCAGGUGAUGGCAUUGCAUCCAAGCUCAAAAUAUCUCCACAUAGGCUGUGAUGAAGUAUUCCAAAUGGGAGAGUGUGACAUAUGCCGCUUAGAAGUGCAUGACAAUCUGUUUUUGAGACACAUCAAAAAUGUUGUGCAGAUGAUUCAUAGCAAAUACCCUCCACUAAAGGUCAUUGUAUGGGAUGACAUGCUAAGGCAUAUACCACAAGGUGCUAUGCAGGAUAUGCACCUUGGAAGCCUUGUGGAACCCAUGGUUUGGGUCUAUGCUGAAGACAUCUACCGCUUUGUCCAACCGAGUGUUUGGGAGAAAUAUGCAGCUGUCUUCAGGACUGCAUGGACUGCAUCAGCCUUUAAAGGAGCAUUUGGCGAGAGUCUUUAUAUCCCAAAUGCUCGCAGACACUUGGAGAACAACCUUAGAUGGCUAGAGGUUAUGGAUACACAAGCUUCUUCAUUCAAAGAUGGUAUGAGAGGUAUGGUGCUGACAGGUUGGCAACGUUACGAUCACUUUGCGGUUCUCUGCGAACUGCUUCCUUCUGCAAUACCGUCAUUAGCUCUCAACCUGAUUGCGGUCUCAAAUGGAUACUUCAACUCUUCGUUGAAGAACAAGUUUCUCAUGGCUCUAAACUGCCCCGAGCAAAAUAUCGCACCUUUCAUCAACUUGGAUUCCGAUCCUUUCAUGUGGGAGAAGUUAGCUCGGUGUAUUUUCCCCGGAAACGCUGUUUUUAGACUGAUGAAUCGCCUACACAACAUGGAAACCGAAUCCAGAGAGUUCCUGGACGUCAUCAACCGGCAGAAAGGUUGGAUGACCUCAUACAAUAUCCGUCAUAACUACAGUUUGCCACUGAGAGUGGACGAACUGACAACUGAUAUGCCUAGAUUAUACCAUGCCGCGAUUUCGUUGGCCAAGAUCGCUGCAGAUUCGAUGGCCGGUGUUUUUGAUAACUACACGAUAUCGGAAUGGAUUGAACAGAGGAUAUACCCUUAUAUUUUGGAAUUUGAGCGGAUACAGAAUGAUAGUACGGCGUUGAAAAGUGUUGAACAUUGGCCUGCUAGACCACUGCCUAUUUUGAAGGAUUUGCAGAGGCUUGGAAUCAUAGUCUAAGGUACAAAAGAUAGAUAUGCAAUAGAUAUGCUGAACACAAAAAUAAAUUCAUUUUCAAAAUUUUGGUGAACAGGUAGUGGGGCUCAUCAGAAUAACUUGUGCUGAUUUCUUACUUUACAAAAUCGCGUUUUUCCUAAACAAUGUAUAUUGAACAGUGAACUUUACCGACGUUUCAGCUAUGAAAGUAAAAUUUAAUCUUCUAAUGUAAAAUUCAGGAGUUAUUCGAUGUCUAUAUAUCAGUGGAAAAGAUUUGCCAGCCGAUCGACAGUAAAGUUCUUUAUUAAAUGCAGUGACAAUUUUCUUGUUGAUUAAGAAAAACACGAUAUUACGUGAUAUGCUUCAAAAUUUGUAAUGUAUCAUAUAGAAUGACUCGUCAAAAAUAAUUGUUAGACUUUCCAUACUUGACUAUAUGUCUGUUAGGCAAAGAUCUCUAUAAAUGUACCUGUUUGUUUAACAAAAAAAAUAUACCUAACAUUUCUGUGUACAAGACUGACUAUUAGACAAAGUAUAAUCUCUAUAAAAGACACCAUUUGGUGAAAAUGAUACUCAGUAAAAUUAGACAAUUUUUAUACAUGUUUGGAAAAGGUUUUUAUAUAGUACUUUACGUCACAGUGUUUCAUCGCACCAUCUGUAAAAAUACAUUUUUCACUUAAAAUAAGAACAUACGAGGAACACCUUUGUUGGUUUUUUUUAAUAAUUUCUUUUUUAUGCUGGAUCAAUGAGCGAUGGCGAUAAUCAAAAAGGCAAUGAAAGAAGUUUAUUAACCUUUUAGAUUAACUGCAUAUUUGCGGGGUGGAAUCUCGAAAACGUUAAGAGAAACAAAGUCUAUUAAAUUAUUUUUUUGCCGGAGAUAGACGGAGAAACACCCAGAUUGUAUGCAAUGAAUCGCAAGAGCUUUUUUGUUUGCAUAAUAUUUAUGUUUAGAAAAUAAUUUCACCUUUCAUUGUUAUAUUUGCAUUGUUCGAUAAAAAUGUUCAACAUAAACUGUCAUUGUAAGUAUUCUUUUUCUCUGAAACUUUUCUGUUCAGAGUGAACUGACAUGGUAUGACUGGUAUAAUUGACCAUUGCAGUUAUUUGGUUCGAAUCUGUUUGAUGUAACAGUUACUAGUCAUAUUAGACGAAAAUAUCACUGGUUUGCGAAAUAAUUUUAAAGUCUGGUUUUAUUAAUGCAAGUUGUUCAAGGGGGUAUUUAAAACACGCAUUAAAUGAGUACGUCAAUUUUUUAUUCGACAACAAAGAAUGAGAAAACGUGUUUUUUGGGAUUCAAUCGAAAGUGUUGGCAGGAUCGAAAAAACUCUUCAUAUAAAAUUUUUAGGUAUUUACGAGACCUACAAAAUGAGAUCACAUGUAAAAAGAUCCGACUAAUAGCAAAGAAGUUAUGGCUGAAAUCCGAGGCAAACUGCAGGUUUUGGCACUUGUUGUUUACGUGACUAUGGGUUCUCGCAGAUAUUUGAAAUUCUUCAAGUUUGUCGGAUUCGUACUUCUAGAUAAUCAUAACAAAAUUGGAGUAGAUUGCUCAAUUAGUUUUUCAGAAUUUCUAGUUGUUUAUCCCAAAACACUUGUUUUCCGGCCAUCACUACUAGUUCUUAUCUUAUUCGUUUUAAAUACCGCCUUGAACAACUUGCACUAGACUUUGCUAAUAUGAUUAGACUAUUUUUUGAGGCGCAUGUUUUUGUUGUGACGGAUGUCUGUUUAUAUUUGAAGUUUUUCAAUAAUAUUCUCUUCUCUAAGAAGUAACUAUACCAUGGAGCCUAUAUACCAGGAGAAACCACGGCAAUGCUGUUCGCGUUGUAAAAACUACCCCGAAUCUUGACGCCUGGAGUAUGUGGUGCUUUGACAGGAUUGGCCUAUUGGAGGAUUUUUACUUGGAGAUAUAAUUUUCUGGAUGAUACUACAUAUUUCGCGAAGAGAAAGCAUUCCGCUCUUUGAAACAUUAAUUAACUGUGAUUUGGGUUUUUUUUCUCAUUUCGCCUGUUCUCCUGAUAUAUAGGCUCCAUAAACUAUACUUCCCACUGGCCUGAGCUAUGAACUCUAGCUCUCUUUUUAAACAAUUGAGGAACACUAUGGCAACUAUGUUUUUUUGCUCAUGAUCUUGAUAGAAUAAACUUUUUAUAUAUUUAUUUAUUGUGAUUUUUAAUAUUAUCUUUUAGGUAUGUUAUUCAUGACAAAAUGUGCUUUAUUUGUUAAAGUAUGUACCAUAUUUUAAUAAACACUUGGAUAUGUACCGUAUUUUAGAUUUUGUGAAAAUCGUAAAG